AUGCUGGAGAAAGCUCAGGAUUUUAAGAAAAUUAAGAAUCUGGAGACAGAAAAGAUAGAGUUAUUGAAGCAGAAAGAAUUAGCUAAUAGAUGGGAGUUUGAGGAAAGUAGUCCUGAGACUACUUUACCUGCAAAUCUUGAUAGUGUUUUAAGAGCGUUUACCUGGACAAAUAAUCAAGAGCAGCCUAUUUUGGCUGCUAUUGACAAAAUUUUUUGCACAACCAAUUUUGAACAUAAGUUCCCUUUGGCCUUUGUGUCUACUAGCUCUAGAGCAAGCAGUGAUCAUGUUCCUCUUAUCCUUAAUUUUGGCUUGGAGGAGAGAAGGAAACCUAGUAUGUUUAGAUUUGAGAAGUGGUGGUUACAACAGCCUGAUUUCAAGGAGCUUAUUGCCAAAUUAUGGAACACUUCUUGUGCCUUCACGGACCCUUUAGACAUUUGGCAGUUUAAAAUUAGAUUGGUUAGAAAGAAGGUUAAGGGGUGGGCCUUAAAUAUUAAUGCCCAAGUUAGAAAACAAAAGUUAGAACUCCUUAAGGAGUAUGAUCUGCUAGACUUGAAAUAUGAGAACUUUGUUAUUACUGAGAUGGAAAGAAACAGGAUGAAGGAGAUUGUUAAAGACCUAGAAUCUAUUUGGAAGUUAGAGGAGAUUAAAGCUAGACAGAGAGCUAGGGAUAGAAAUGUAAAAGAGGGUGAUAGAAACACAGCAUAUUUUCAAGCUGUGGCAAAUCAAAGAAAUAGGAAAAAACGUAUUUCUGGGUUAGAAGGCCCUGAUGGUUGGAUAGAUGAUAAUAAAGGCAUGCUUGAGCAUGCUGUUGAUUUUUACAGAAAACUGUUUGGUAAAGAAGAAGAUAGUGGUGUUAAGUUAGGACAAGAUUUUGGGGGAGUGGAUGAGAAAGUGACUGCCUUAGAAAAUGAGCUGCACAAAGAUGGUGCUGAUCACGAUCGCAAAGAUGCUAAGAGGCUAGCUUUCAAUGUUCAAGCGGGAGAUUGGAGUGUUGCUGGAGAGCAGAAUAGUCAGGAUGGAAGAAUUGUCAAGGCGCCCGGCACAGAUCGAGUGGAAGGAGGAGGUGGCAACGGACCUGGAAACCAUGGUGGACUCGGUGAUGCAGGAUCUGGAGAGCAAAGCGAGCCAGCCACCAAGAAACUGUUGGGAUGGGGGAAUGAGAUCAAGGUUGGAGACAUUGGCAUUGCAAUCUUCGGCUCUGGGCUCCGUAGUUGUGAUUCCGUCUGA